GAGGAGGAACGUCAGUUUUUUGCUUUGUUUUGGUGGCAGAUAUUUUAGUAAUUAGCUAGCUAGCGUUUAUAGGUCGAGAACAAUCAAUAUUUGCGAAUUAUCUAAAAACACCACUGAGCGAAGGUCAAACGCUAUUCAUGACAGAGAGGAACUUUGAGAGAAUACAGAAUUGACCCUGAUGUCAUCCCAGUAACUGCACUUGAGACAGGAAGUCACUCAUUUAUUUUCCAUCAUAGUAAUUAGGGCAAUAUGAUUCUAGCCAGCUAAAUCUUCUGAAAUUCGCAUUUAGAUAUUUAGUUGUAUUGCUAAUUUAAUCUCUCGUGACAGCUUUUAUGUGAGCUUGUUCUACUGGGAGCUGAGAUUAUUGCUUAAAAUUAGUCUGCAGGACUGUCUGUCUUUUUCUUUGUCUCAGCAUUAGCUGAACUAGCUGUGUCUCCCCACUCAGCAUGGCGAGCUGUGGUGAGGUGGACCACACUGUGGACACUAUGUCCUCCUCUAAGGUGGAAGACAGAGGGGACGCCUGUACUGGUGACUCCCCCACCUCCCCUAAACCUUCGGCCAACCCCUUGCCGGAGUGUGCCAUCUGCCUCCAGACCUGUGUCCACCCGGUUCGCUUGCCCUGCCGCCACGUCUUCUGCUUCCUGUGCGUUAAAGGAGCCUCCUGGCACAGCAAGCGCUGCGCUCUCUGCAGACAGGAAGUACCUGAGGACUUCCUGGAGCAUCCCACCCUGCUGUCCCCAGAGGAGCUGAAGGCAGCAGCAGCAGGGAGACGAGGAGGAGCCGGGCCGAGGAGCGCUGGGGGAGACAAUGCCUGGUACUACGAGGGGAGGAAUGGAUGGUGGCAGUAUGACGAGAGGACCAGCCGCGAGCUGGAGGACGCCUUCGCCAAGGGCAGGAAGCGCGCCGAGAUGCUGAUUGCUGGCUUCCUGUAUGUGGCUGACCUGGAGAACAUGGUGCAGUACCGCCGCAACGAGCACGGUCGCCGCCGCCGCAUGAAGCGUGACGUGGUGGAUAUUCCCAAAAAGGGUGUGGCCGGUCUCAGACUGGACCCUGACCCCACCCCACCAGUUGUUGCCAUGGCAGCUGUUCCGGUCACAACGGCGACAGUGGAGCGGACAUGCUCCGCUGACGGGGAGGAUGUGACUGGACAGUCGCAGGUGGGGGGCUCAGGGGUUCUCAUCCCAGCUCCUCCUGUCAGACCCCCUACAGUCCUGGGGGCCCACCCUGCCACCCCAGCCUCCAUCUCCCUUGAAGACGCUCUGUCCCAGCUCCUCAUCAGACAACCAGAGGGGGAGGGAGAGAAGGAGGAUGAAGAGGAGGUAGCUUCAAGCAUGAGCCAGGCAUACGAGUCAGCAUCUGGUAGCAGUGAGGAUGAGGGUGGUGGUGAUGAGGUAGGCCGGGGGUGGGACAGGGACAGGGAGAGGGAGAGGGGGGGACGAGAGGUAGGGGCUCGACGGAGGAGCAGAUAUAGACUCCUAACGCGGUGGCUCAGGGAUGUCCAGCCUGACAGACUGCCACCUGGUGGUGGGUCCUCCAGCGGAGUCCUUACUGUGCGCUCACGCAGCCCUGACGGUCAGUGCACUGUCACUGAGGUGUGACCACAACUGGACCACUGUCUCUGCACUCAACCGGCUCAGCAAAAAAAACAUUCACUUCAUGCCCAUGGUGGUAAUGAAGAACCCAAGGGAAGAUAGCAGAUCAGCCAUUUGCAUUACAUAUACAGUUGAGUCAGCCACAAAGGCUAAUCAAUAAUUUAUAAUAAUACGUCAGCCAGCAAGAUUAUGCAAAAUUGUACACAAUCAAAUAGCCCAUACAUACUGCUCUACUGUCUGCCACUGUAACCUUUUGAUGCCAUGUUAUUAUGGCUAACCAUACAUUGGCACUAAAUAUUUGAAGAGAAAUUGUGAAAUGAUAAAGGUUUGAGAUUUGGAGGGGACUUAACCUUUUAAAUGUAGCAUCCCAUCUCUAACCGGAGGCAAAAAGUAAUUAUUUUGUUUUGUCGGUACAUUGCUUUUUGCUGUAAGAAAUGUAUUUUCUAAUUUCCAUUGAGAGAGUGUGUGUGUGUAUUGAGGUCAUAUUUCAUCUUAAUAUACCGUAUAUAAAAAAAUAUGUUUCUUAAUGUGUUGUGAGUGAAAGGUGAUGAGAGCCUACUGGUAGAGAAAGGUCUUGGGUGUAGAGACCAGUGUGGAUUUAUAUUUGUUGUUCCAGUAUUCUAUGAAAACAGUGUGGAUGGGAUAUUAUUCUAACUCUUCUGUCAACUUCUUAUUGUCACGUAUUUGUCAAGUAUUUUUGACUUAUUUAACAUAUGUGUGUGGUCUUUUUUGUUUAACUGUGUUGUUUUGUCAAAACAAUAAAGUGUUUGUCUAUUUGACCUUAA